AUGGAGUUGGCCAAUGAUACCACAAUCCAAGAAUUCAUUUUAGUGGGAUUUGGAGCCGAGCACCAGAAGAAAUCACUCCUUUUCAUUAUUUUCACCAUCCUCUAUGUAAUUACUUUGGCUGAGAACAUCACUAUUAUAACACUUGUGCUAUUAGAUGCCCAUUUGGCCCAACUUCCCAUGUAUAUCCUCCUGAGCAACUUCUCCUGGCUGGAAAUGUGCUAUAUCACCACCACAGUGCCCCGGAUGCUAUUCGAUCUUGCCUCCGCUCAUAGCACCAUCUCUUUCCAUGCUUGUUUUCUGCAGUUCUAUGUUUUCUUCUCUCUGGGCAGUACUGAAUUCUUCUUCCUCUCGGCCAUGGCUUUGGAUCGGUACCUGGCCAUCUGCCACCCAUUGCAUUACUCCCAAAUCAUGUCCCCAAACUUCUGCUAUGCCUUGGUGUCCACUUGUUGGAUCCUUGGCUUCCUGGGGUACAUUCUCCCAGUGACUUUGAUCUCUAGGUUGUCCUUCUGUAGACUCAACAUCAUUGACCAUUUUGUAUGUGAUCCUGUUCCAAUUAUGAACUUGGCUUGUCCUCCACUUGGAAAAGUUCCUCUUAUCUGCCAAAUGUCUAUGCAUGCAAUCUUUGUAAGCAAUGUCACCUGUGUUGUAUUUUCAUACGGCAAGGUGAUUUGCACACUGGUGAAAUCUUCUGACCAAGGGAGCCGUAAGAAGGCCUUCUCCACUAUAUCUAUGCACCUGUUGGUGGUGACAUUUUUCUAUGGCUCAGUUGGAGGGAUGUAUUUAAUUCCAAGUAGGAAAAGUCAGUCUGAUGUCACAAAGGCAAUAACAGUCUUCUAUGUCACAAUCACACCCUUUUUGAAUCCUCUGAUCUACUGCCUGAGGAAUGAUCAAGUCAAAGAGGCACUGGGAAGAUUGCUAAGGAGAACAAUGAAAUGA